UACACUCAAUACCUUAUUAUUGUAUACUGUUUUAUGUAUUACAAUACUGAGGUGCAGAUAAUUGGCACUAUUUAUAAUAAGUAGUAUGUUAUGAAAAGCAGAAGAUCCUGCUAUUUUAACAUUGCAUGUGCUUUAAAUUGUAUUAUAACUAUAUCUGCACGUCAUUAGCCAAUAUUAUUCACGCAAUUAAUUUAAUCUGAAUCCUUUAACUUUCUAUUAAGUUAUAUAGACCUAUUUUUAUUGGAUUGAAUUUGUUUAAAAAGCUAUUUCUUUGUGUCCUCACUUUUUAUUAAAUAUUUCCAAAUGCUGAUAAUAAUGCUGCAGAUUUUUUUUAUGCAUAUCACAUACAGCCCAUUAUCUUCACCUUUCAUCUCUCCAUUGAAAGGCUGUAUUAUUCAGCAUUAUUAAAACGUGCGGGUCAGCUUGAUGUCUUGGUUUUGAUGUGGUAAUGUGAUUCGGUUCAGGCAGACUUGUGAGCGGGACUUGCGCAGUUGAGGCUGUAGGCUGGAGAAUCUUCAUACCCUAUUGAGCGCUGAAGACUCCACGCGCCUCAGUCCUUCAGUCGUGAGAGAGCGCGAUUAUCCUCAACGCGCGUCCGGGAGCAGGUGUAUUUACGGAUGCGAGGUAAAGUGAAGCAUGAGCCCGCGCUGACAGCCCCCCGUCCAUCUCUGCUGGCGGCAACUUGUGAGCCGGAAGAAUGGCAGGUGCCAAAAGAACCGAGUCGCCGUCCGAAAUCGACCCGGACGCGAAGACCGAAGCCAGGAAAUCCUUCGAGCACAUUUGGCUCAAUUCGGGGGUGCCGGUUCGGACGAUGGGUUCUUUUGAGAGCGAUGCUGGCCAAAGGUACACAGAGGAGUACAGUAUGGAUUCAACUAAUGCACAGGUGCAGGUGGAAUUUUAUGUAAAUGAAAACACAUUCAAGGAGAGGUUGAAGCUCUUUUUCAUCAAAAACCAAAGGUCAAGUCUCAGAAUACGCCUCUUCAACCUCUCCUUGAAGUUGUUAACAUGCCUCCUUUAUAUAAUCAGAGUCUCCCUAGAUGAUCCAACUAACCAGGUCACAUGUGCACGGAAACACUGCACGAACAUUACAGAUGCCCUUUGCAGCAAAGCCUGUGGCAACAUCACAACAAACCUGACCGCAGAUCCCACACAAAUAAACUGGGAGUUAAUAUUUUGGGUGAAUAGGAGAGUUCCUGUAUGGGCGAUACAGGUGACAGUGGCCUUAAUUAGCUUCUUGCAAGCAAUGCUUCUGGUGUAUCUCAGCUACAAGGGGAACAUUUGGGAGCAGAUUUUCCAAAUCUCCUUUAUCAUUGAGAUGAUCAAUACAGUGCCAUUCAUAAUUACAAUCUUUUGGCCUCCACUGAGGAACAUAUUUGUUCCCGUGUUUCUUAAUUGCUGGCUUGCCAAAUCAGCGCUGGAGAACAUGAUUAACGAUCUCCAUCGUGCCAUUCAACGCACACACUCUGCCAUGUUCAACCAGGUCCUCAUUCUGAUCUGUACACUGCUCUGUCUGGUCUUUACUGGGGCUUGUGGGAUUCAGCACCUCGAGCGGGCAGGGAAAAAUCUCACCCUUUUCGACGCUUUAUAUUUCUGCAUCGUCACCUUCUCGACUGUUGGGUAUGGAGACGUCACACCCAGAAUCUGGCCCUCUCAGCUACUCGUGGUCAUCAUGAUCUGUGUGGCUCUGGUGGUGCUGCCAUUACAGUUUGAAGAGUUGGCUUAUCUUUGGAUGGAGAGGCAGAAGUCAGGUGGAAACUACAGCAGACAUCGUGCUCAGACAGAAAAACAUGUGGUUCUAUGCGUCACUUCACUCAAAAUAGACCUGCUCAUGGAUUUUCUCAACGAGUUCUAUGCCCACCCGAGACUGCAGGAUUAUUAUGUGGUGAUACUCUGUCCCUCUGAGAUGGACAUCCAGGUGCGGCGUAUACUUCAGAUCCCUCUGUGGUCUCAACGGGUCAUCUACCUCCAAGGCUCUGCAUUGAAGGACCAAGAUCUGAUGAGAGCCAAGAUGGACGAUGCAGAGGCAUGCUUCAUCCUCAGCAGCAGAAAUGAAGUGGACCGCACUGCAGCUGAUCAUCAAACCAUUCUGCGAGCGUGGGCCGUGAAGGACUUUGCUCCAAACUGUCCUCUGUAUGUUCAGAUUCUCAAACCCGAGAACAAAUUCCAUGUCAAAUUUGCAGAUCAUGUGGUGUGUGAGGAGGAAUUCAAGUAUGCCAUGCUGGCCCUGAACUGUGUGUGUCCAGCCACUUCUACGCUGGUCACACUCCUGGUGCACACGUCCCGUGGACAGGAGGGACAGACGUCUCCAGAACAGUGGCAGAGGACGUAUGGCCGUUGCUCUGGGAAUGAAGUGUACCACAUCCGUUUGAUGGACAGCAAGUUCUUUGGCGAAUAUGACGGGAAGAGUUUUACUUAUGCCUCCUUCCACGCACAUAAAAAGUAUGGCGUCUGUCUAAUCGGCACAAAGAGAGAAGACAAUAAGAGCAUACUUCUGAACCCCGGCCCUCGCCACAUCAUGUCUGCCACAGACACCUGCUACUACAUCAACAUCACUAAAGAGGAGAACUCCGCCUUCAUCUUCAAACAGGAGGAGAAGCACAGCAAAGGGCUAUCGGCCACCGGCGUGUACGACGCUCCGUCCCGUCUCCCGGUGCAGAGCAUCAUCGCAAGCAUGGUUGAUCAGUCUACUUCAUAUGGAACUGUGGCCAUUGACCUGCAGAACCCAGAUCCCCCGGCCGACAGCAGUAAACUGACCCUGCCCACAGAGAACGGAGCCGGGAGCCGCAGACCCAGCAUUGCCCCUGUGCUUGAGAUCGCCGAUUCCUCUGCAAUCCUGCCUUGUGAUCUUCUCAGUGACCCCUCGGAAGAUGAGACCAACCAAUCAGAUGAGGAAGGAGCACCAGCCUUAGAGUGUAUUAAAGGCUAUCCCCCAAACUCUCCUUACAUUGGAAGCUCUCCAACUCUUUGUCACCUUUUGCAACAAAAGGCACCAUUUUGUUGCUUACGACUUGACAAGGGUUGUCGGCACAAUAGCUUUGAAGAUGCCAAAGCAUACGGUUUCAAAAACAAGUUGAUUAUCGUUUCUGCUGAGACAGCGGGAAAUGGCCUGUACAACUUCAUAGUGCCGCUGCGUGCCUAUUACCGACCCCGGAAGGAGCUGAAUCCCAUUGUGCUGCUGCUGGAUAAUCCGCCUGAUAAUCAUUUUCUUGAAGCCAUCUGCUGUUUCCCUAUGGUGUACUACAUGGCUGGUACUAUUGACAAUUUGGAUAACUUGCUGCAGUGUGGAAUCAUCUACGCUGAUAAUCUGGUGGUGGUGGAUAAGGAGAGCACAAUGAGUGCAGAGGAAGACUACAUGGCAGACGCUAAAACCAUAGUCAACGUGCAGACCAUGUUCAGGUUGUUUCCUAGUCUCAGCAUAAUCACCGAGCUAACCCAUCCUUCUAAUAUGAGAUUCAUGCAGUUUCGUGCCAAGGACUGCUACUCCCUGGCUCUCUCCAAACUCGAAAAGAUAGAGAGAGAUAAGGGCUCUAAUCUGGCAUUCAUGUUCCGCCUCCCAUUCGCUGCAGGCAGAGUGUUCAGUAUUAGCAUGCUGGAUACUCUUCUUUACCAGUCUUUUGUGAAGGACUAUAUGAUUUUGAUCGCAAGACUCCUGCUCGGUCUAGACACCACCCCGGGCUCUGGCUACCUCUGUGCUAUGAAGGUAACAGAAGAGGACUUAUGGAUCCGGACGUACGGAAGACUAUUCCAGAAGCUGUGCUCAUCCAGCGCAGAAAUUCCCAUUGGGAUAUACCGCACUGAAUCUCACAUGUUCUCCUCCUCAGAGUUUAAGGAGGUUUGCAAGCAGUCUCAGGUGUCUGUGGAGGACUGUGAGGACCCGCGGGACCGCAGGGAAUCCUGGAAAGAGAAAACCGCCCACAGAAACUCCACAGGGAGCGACCAAUCAGAGCACCCACUCCUGCGAAAGAAGAGCAUGCAGUGGGCGAGACGGCUGAGCAGAAAAAACACCAAACCGCCCAGUCGAGCUGAACGCAUCAAUCAGCAGCGCCUGAACCUGUACCGGCGCUCGGAGAGACAGGAGCUGUCAGAGCUGGUGAAGAACCGCAUGAAGCACUUAGGGCUGCCCACGGUGGGAUACGAGGACGUAGCUAAUUUAACCGCAAGUGAUGUGAUGAACCGAGUAAAUCUAGGAUAUUUGCAAGAGGGUACUUACAUGACAGAGGGUACUGCAGUGGCUCAAACAGAUGAAAUGAAUGAUAAUCAGAACACGUUGUCGUAUGUGCUGAUAAACCCUCCUCCGGACACCAUUCUAGAGCUCAAUGACAUUGUCUACAUCAUCCGCUCCGAUCCGCUGGCACACGUCCCUGACAAUCUCCCAGGGGCUCCAGCCGGACCCAAGCUACGCCAAGACUAUGGACCCGAGACCAGGGAUGAGACCCAUCUGUAAGAACUGGAAGUUCCCGUUAACACUUCCUUCCCUCCCUCCUGUGACAGGACACACAGACACGACCCACGUGCCAACACAUUCACUACCCAAGCUGCCCAACGGCUAGAACUGUACUACUGAAACACUUUACAGAUUUCUCUUUUUUUUACAAUGCAGAUAUAUAGAAUCUUGUGGCACAUUUCAGACUUCUCUAAAUGUGGCUGGUCAUUACAUUUUUGUAUUUUAAGACUUGGCUCGGUGCGAGUGUGGGGUGUUGAAUCACUUUGGACCAAACAAGCUGUCCAAGCACUUUGGAUUUAUAGGGCAGUAUAUAUCAGAAAUACUAAAACAGUAUUCAAAAGGGCAGCUAAAGACAGAAGGAAGAAACAACUGUUACGCCAGUAAGCUGACCCAAACACUGGAUAGUGCCCUGUCACACAUGCAAGGUGUUUCAGUAUGAUAUUGAACAGAAUUAGUUUACAUCAGUGCUAUAUUUUGUACAUAUAUAGCACAAAUAUAGUAUAUAUAAUUAUAUAUUUGUACAUAUAUAUCAUAAGUUAGCAACAUAUUCUUUACAUGCUCAGUGACCUCUUAGUAUUCACAGUAUUUCGUUGUGAUUUCGUCCUCAAAGCACAAAGGGUUUUAAGUUUGAACCUGCUAAUCCCAAACUGAAGCUUGAUUGAAGCUGAAGCUUGAUACACGUGAUUGAACACCGUAACGGUUUACUAUAAAUCGCUGCCAAUUAUCACUACAAAUGUUAUCACGAACCAGUUUACAUGUGCAGAGAACAGAAGCUAGAUCAUUUUCCAUACAAUUUCAAAUUUAAAGCAAAAAACUGAACAUAUUCUACAGCAAACACGUGGUCCGAAGUUUGACAGGAACUGUAGAAAUGUGCUUCAGGUCCGUCACAAGUAUUUCGUGGAUCUUGAUUGGAUGUCAUUGAAAAGAUGCCAGAUGGUAAUAUAUAGUACAUAAGAUUAAUAUUGAAGUUACGCUUGGGAUAUACGUUGGGAAAUAUUAGAUGUAAUACAUACUGUUGGUGACCAUUGUUUUUCAGUGAUAUUUUGCCUCAAGGCUAAUCAGUGUUAUUUUGUUUGUUUUCUCUUUACAACAGCAUUUAACAUUUUGUAUUUAUACAAAUAAUUUUCAUAUUUGUAUUAUUUUGGUGUGCACAAUGUAUGUUAAUGCUCAUUUAAGACAAAAAGGUAUAACUAUCUUUUUCUCUCUCUCUAUAUAUAGAGAGAGAGAGAGAGCACGAAAGAGUAUACAUUAUUUGAAUUAGUUAAUUUAUUGCACUAAGCUCUGCUGAGCAGCACACAGUAACCCUUUAAAUUACAUAAAGAUAACAUUGCGAAUUUUACAUUUAACAAUACACAAUUUUUUCCUUCCGUAUUAAGACAUUUCAUGGUUCAUUGUCAUUUCUAUCAGUGUAUGGAGCUGACAUUUAAAGCCAUCAUGGAAAGCUGCUUUUGUGUUUACCGUCUGUUUUAACAGAUGCAUUUAUCAAAAUGUGAACGUCCACUUUGUGCAAAGUAGCUAAGGCUGAAUACCUCUCAUAUCAUUCUUACCUGUUUGUCUCCACAAAGAAAUGUGAUAGAUGACAGUAAAAGCAAUGAAACGGGAAUCCUUGUAGCUAUUAUGUUUAAAAUAUUUAUUUUAUAAUUCUGUAUUAUUGCGUAUUUAAGGCGUUUUCUGCCUUAUUUUGCUUCUAUUGAUCUGGCAUAUCAGUUUAUUUACUGCUUAGCUCCAAGACUGUCAGUAGUGAUUGAAUGUCAACCCUUGACAUGUCGAGCAGAGUACUGUACAGUUCAUCAGAAUAUAUUUAUGUUUUUUGCUUGCGUAAAGAUGUUGUCACCUACAUUUUGUUCAUUGGUCACGGUUUUCUCAUGCAGAUUGCUUUGGGAAUGUUUUUUAAAUAAUGUUUUAAUAAAUUUCCAGCCAUAAUUGGAAAGGAUAUGCAUAAUGUGCAUGUUAAAAAUAGCCUGCAGAUUUCUCUAUUUUGUACUAGUUCCCUGAGAUUUAAAUCUAAAUGGCUGAUCACAGCCGUUGUAAUUUACAAAAAAUCCUUUUGUGUUAUUUUUCCAGUAGAUUUAGAAAAACAUGGACCAUGCAUGUCCUAAUCUUGCCAAAUGUGUCAGAGACCCAUGUUUACACUUGCUGGCUCCUGUUUUGGAUUGUGCUGAACAAUACAUGAACUUCUAAAUUUUGUACAAUUUCUUAAAUGAAGUCUGUACUAAAAUGUAAGAAUGAAUCAAUAAAUGCUGCAUGCAGCCAGAGAAGUGUGACAA